AUGGUGAACCAACAGCCGAGCCAGGCCGAUAUCCGCCGCAAGAACGCCAACUUUGUCGCUCGCGCGACCGCUGGCAAGUCAACCACACGCCCUGCCCGUUCCAAGCAGCGCGGCGUCGGCACCUGGGUCCUUGCCGGCCUCUUCUUCCUGCUUGUUGGCGGCACCGUGGUCGAGCUCAUCCGCUUGAUCUUCUCAUUGUAA